AGCUGCUGGGGCACUGAGAAGGCAAUUCCUGGCUAGCCGCUGACAUCUGAACAGGUGUCAGGAUGUUGGGCUGGGUCCAAAGGGUGCUGCCUCAGCCUCCGGGGACCCCUCAGAAGACCGUGGAGACAGCAGGACCACAGCCAGAAACAGAGUCGAAACCAGAGGCCAACCCACAACCGGAGCCAGAACCUCAGCAGGAACCAGAGCCAGAGCCAGAGCCAGAGCCAGAGCCAGAGCCAGAGCCAGAGCCAGAGCCAGAGCCAGAGCCAGAACCUGAACCUGAACCAGUACCUGAAGAGGCUCCACCUGAGGUCCAGGCCCUGCCACCAGAGGAGCCAAUGGAAGGAGAGGGAGAGGCUGAGGCUGGUCCCAGCCUUCAAGAGACCCAGGUAGCUGACCCUGCUCAGCCCACCUCCCAGGCCCAGGUUGCUGUUGCCAAGGUGAACAGGCCCAGCUCCUGGAUGUUGAGCUGGUUCUGGAGAGGCAUGCAGAAGGUCGUGCCACAGCCUGUCUGCAGCAAUGGGGGCCAGAACCUGGCUGCCGGAGAGCGAGACCCAGAUCAGGGUGGAGCACAGAUCCCAGAACCUUGUGGCACUGGGGACCCAGGAUCUGCAGAAGCUUCCGGGACUCAGGACACUGAGCCCAGCCUUUGGCUGCUCAGGUGGCUUGAGCAGAAUCUGGAAAAAGUGCUGCCCCAGCCCCCUCCGCCUUCCCUGGCCUGGAAAGUUGAACCUGAGGCUGCUGUCUUGGAUCCAGAUCCUCCAGGAACCCCUAUGCAGAUGGAGCCCACAGAGAGCCCCUCCCAGCCUAAUCCUGGACCCCUGGAGCCUGAGGAAGAGCCAGCUGCAGAGCCCCAGCCUGGCUUCCAAUCCUCUUCCCUGCCACCACCCGGGGACCCCGUCAGGCUGAUUGAGUGGCUCCUACACAGACUGGAGAUGGCCCUGCCUCAGCCCGUGCUCCAUGGGAAGGCUGCAGAGCAAGAGCCUGGCUGCCCUGGGAUGUGUGACGUACAGACCAUCAGCAUCCUCCCCGUGGAACAGGUGGAACAUGAUCUUGUCCUGGAGGAGGUGGACUCUUGCUGGGAGGAUGCUCAGCAGGAAGAUGGCGCCAGCCCGCAGGAGACAGAGGUGGCUCCAGCUCAUGAAGAAGAGAGUGAGGCCAUAGUGGAGAUACCCAGGGAGCUGACGAAGAUUCAAGAAGAAAGAGAAGAUGAGCAGGAAGAGGAUGAGGAAGAGAAGGAGGAAGAGAAGAAGAAGGGGGAGGAAGAGAAGGAGAAGGAGGAGGAAGAGAAAGAGAAAGAGAAGGAGAAGGAGGAGGAGAAGGAAGAGGAAGAGAAGGAGGAGGAGGAGGAGGAAGAAAAGGAAGAGGAAGAGGAGGAAAAGGAAGAAGAGGAGAAGGAAGAGGAGGAGAAGGAAGAGGAGGAAGAAGAAGAGGAGGAGGAAGAAGAGCCUAUUGUCCUGCUGGAUAGCUGUUUGGUGGUGCAGGCUGAUGUGGACGAGUGCCAGCUAGAAAGGACACCGUCAGAGCUAGCAUCGAUCCAGGAGCUGCCAGAAGAGAAAGAGGAGAAGGAAGAGGAGAAGGAGGAGGAGAAAGAGGAGGAGGAGGAAAAGAAGGAGGAAGAAGUGGAGAAGAAGGAGGAAGGGGAGGCCACAAACUCAACAGUACCAGCCACAAAGGAGCACCCGGAGCUCCAGGUAGAAGACACGGAUGCUGAUAGUGGCCCCCUCAUCCCAGAGGAGACACUCCCUCCACCUGAGAGACCACCACCGUCUCCUGUCAAGUCGGACACCCUCACAGUUCCCGGCGCCGCUGCAGCAGGCCACAGGAAGAAGCUACCUUCUCAGGAUGAUGAGGCCGAAGAGCUCAAGGCCCUGUCACCAGCUGAGUCCCCAGUGGUUGCCUGGUCGGACCCCACCACCCCACAGGAGGCUGAUGGCCAGGACCGAGCAGCCUCCACCGCCAGCCAGAACAGUGCCAUCAUCAAUGACCGGCUCCAGGAGCUGGUGAAGAUGUUCAAGGAGCGGACGGAGAAGGUGAAGGAGAAGCUCAUUGACCCUGACGUCACCUCUGAUGAGGAGAGCCCCAAGCCCUCCCCGGCCAAGAAGGCCCCAGAACCAGACCCAGCCCAGAAGCCAGCGGAGGCAGAGGUGGCAGAGGAGGAACACUACUGCGACAUGCUCUGCUGCAAGUUCAAGCGCAGGCCCUUGAAGAUGUACCGGUUCCCCCAGAGUAUCGACCCACUGACCAACCUCAUGUACAUCUUGUGGCUGUUCUUUGUGGUGCUGGCCUGGAACUGGAACUGCUGGCUGAUCCCUGUGCGCUGGGCCUUCCCGUACCAGCGGGCAGACAACAUCCACUUCUGGCUCCUCAUGGAUUACUUGUGCGACUUCAUCUACCUCCUGGACAUCACCGUGUUCCAGAUGCGCCUGCAGUUUGUCAAAGGCGGGGACAUCAUUACAGACAAGAAGGAGAUGCGUAAUAACUACCUGAAGUCUCGCCGGUUUAAGAUGGACCUGCUCUGCCUCCUGCCCUUGGACUUUCUCUACUUGAAACUUGGCAUCAACCCUCUCCUUCGCCUGCCCCGCUGCCUGAAGUACAUGGCCUUCUUUGAGUUUAAUAACCGCCUGGAAGCCAUCCUCAGCAAAGCCUACGUUUACAGAGUCAUCAGGACCACGGCCUACCUGCUGUACAGCCUGCACCUCAACUCCUGCCUUUACUACUGGGCAUCAGCCUUCCAGGGCAUCGGCUCCACUCACUGGGUUUACGACGGAGUGGGGAACAGUUAUAUUCGAUGCUACUACUGGGCUGUGAAAACCCUCAUCACCAUCGGAGGACUGCCCGACCCCCAGACGCUCUUUGAGAUUGUCUUCCAGCUGCUGAACUAUUUUACCGGGGUCUUUGCUUUCUCUGUGAUGAUUGGACAGAUGAGAGAUGUGGUGGGGGCCGCCACAGCGGGGCAGACCUACUACCGCAGCUGCAUGGACAGCACAGUGAAGUACAUGAACUUCUACAAGAUCCCCAGGUCUGUGCAGAACCGUGUCAAGACCUGGUAUGAGUACACCUGGCAUUCGCAAGGCAUGCUGGAUGAGUCAGAGCUGAUGGUACAACUUCCGGACAAGAUGCGACUGGACCUGGCCAUUGAUGUGAACUACAGUAUUGUCAGCAAAGUGGCCCUCUUUCAGGGCUGUGACCGGCAGAUGAUCUUCGACAUGCUCAAGCGGCUUCGUUCUGUUGUCUACCUACCCAAUGACUAUGUGUGCAAGAAGGGGGAGAUUGGCCGAGAGAUGUACAUUAUCCAGGCGGGGCAGGUGCAGGUGCUGGGCGGCCCAGAUGGGAAGGCUGUACUGGUGACACUCAAAGCCGGAUCGGUGUUUGGAGAAAUAAGCUUGCUGGCUGUCGGGGGUGGCAACCGGCGCACAGCCAACGUGGUGGCCCAUGGCUUCACCAACCUCUUCAUACUGGACAAGAAGGACUUGAAUGAAAUUUUAGUGCAUUACCCGGAAUCUCAGAAGUUACUUCGGAAGAAGGCCAGGCGCAUGCUAAGAAAUAACAACAAACCCAAGGAGGAAAAGAGUGUGCUCAUCCUGCCCCCGCGUGCGGGCACCCCGAAGCUCUUCAAUGCUGCCCUGGCUGCUGCAGGAAAGAUGGGCCCCAGGGGAGCCAAGGGCGGCAAGCUCGCCCACCUGAGAGCCAGGCUCAAGGAACUGGCUGCACUGGAGGCAGCCGCGCGACAGCAACAGCUGCUGGAACAGGCCAAGAGCUCGCAAGAAGCUGGGGGAGAGGAGGGCUCUGGGGCCACAGACCAACCUGCACCCCAGGAGCCACCAGAGCCCAAGGACCCUCCGAAGCCACCAGGGCCACCAGAGCCCUCAGCCCAGAGCUCUCCACCUCCAGCCUCAGCAAAGCCCGAGGAAAGCACGGGGGAGGCAGCAGGGCCCCCGGAGCCCUCGGUGAGGAUCCGUGUGAGUCCAGGCCCUGAUCCCGGGGAGCAGACACUGUCGGUGGAGGUGCUGGAGGAGAAGAAAGAGGGGGCGGAGUGAGGUGCAUGAAGCGCCCAGAUCCCAUCCCCAGGUCUUUGAACCACCCGCCUCGCCAAGCGUCCCAGCCUAAGGGCGCCUUCUCACAGGCUUGUAGAAACGCUCAAAUUUCACCAGGUGGUAGUGAUGCCCUCGAGCUCCUGCCAUUCCCUGAGCACCCUGCUCCCUUCCUGAGGUUGCUAUUUUCAAGAAGAAAACCGCCUUGUACUUCUCAAAGAUUUGAGGAGAGACUAGAAGAGGGCUCCAACAUCAAGGAGAACUCUACUAGACAAAUCAAGGGUUGAUGACUUGGUAGGGUCCCCACCAGAAGCCACCCUCUGUUUAAAUGGUGAAGAGCUGGAGUCCCACUGAGCACCUGCAAACCCAGGACUGGGGAGACCAAGAUAGUCCUUGGUUCAAGGGCAGCCAGGGCUACAUAGUGAGACUCUGCCUCAAAAGAAAACAGUAGCAAAAUUGCUUGAGGAGUUCCCAGGCACCUCGUGACCCCUUUGGGGUCCAAAGACCCUUUGAUGGGGGGGAGGGUCGCCUAAGACUAUUGUAAAGAUCAGAUAUUUACAUUAUGAUUCACAACAGUAGCAAAAUAACAGUAAUAAAGUAGCAUUGGAAAUAAUGGUUAGGGGUCACCACAACACAAGGAACUGUGUUAAAGGGUCACAGUGUGAGAAAGGUUGAGAAUCACCGAGCUAAGCUCAUCCACAUCCCAGCAGUAAACACAGUUGUCUAGCUGAUGGCAGGGCAGGUGAUCCCGGUAUUCCUUGCUCCAGGUAGUGAUGGCUGCAUUAUCAUCUUAGCGCCCUUGAAAGUAUUGCUUAUCUUAGUAGGUAACGAUAUCAAGAGCUCUCCAUGCUACUCUGGUCCUAGCAUUUAGAGAGUAUGCUUGUAGCUGGGUGUCAUGGAGGCAGGGGGAUCAGCCUGGGCUAGAUAGCAAUAUCCCAUCUUAAAAAGGAAAGGGGGAAGUGUAUUGGUUCAUUGGUGAUGACAGCACAGUCCAUGUUUAAAUGCGUGGUGACAUCUCAGCCACUGCUCAUCAGUGAGCCUUUGGAUUGUUUUCUGAUCUCACUCUAUCAAGAAUAACAUGGCAGGGCCAUUGAGAGAGCUCAGUGGGCAGAGGCCCUUGCCACCCUACCAUGCAAACGUGAUGACCUAAGUUAUAUCUCUGAAACCCAUGUGAAGCUGCAAAGUCGACUCCACGAGCUCGCAGUAAUAAACUCAUCUCCUACACAUGGGGUGGCUCACUAGGAAGCAUUUACCUGGCCUGUGUGACUUCCUGGGUUUGAUCCUCAAUACCAAAAGAAAGAACCUCACACAGAGCUAAUCUCUCACUAGCACACUUUAUUUUUUUAAGCGAUGUGGGGUGGGGUCUGGGAGUCUAGUCAGUUUUGUUUUUGUUGUUGUUUGUUUUUUUAACCCUAACAUCCUUAAACAGCAUCCUCAGAGCUGCAUCCUAUGUUCUAAAGCCCGGGCCCUGAGAAUGCUACCCGCUUGUGGCCAGUAUUCCGGAUGCUCCUACAGAGUAAACAUGCCACCCUUCAGUAAACGGUGGCAUGUGUCCCUGGCGCCUCCACGUGAGAGCCUGCUUCAUGCGGAAUCUGUUUUCUGUGAAUGCACCUACUUUUAGAUGCUAGCCCUUGAAAAUAUAUUGCUUAUUAUAUGAAGCAAGAGGUUCCCGUGGUUCCUGGGAAGAACGUUAAUUUCGAAAUGAGAUCGGCAGUGUCUUAAUUUCACUGAGCUAUCUCAUUUACGGUGAGACUCACAGAAACAAGAUGUUAGGUAAACUGAGUUGGAGACCGGCACUAAUCUCCUGUCUGAAUUGGACUGGCUGGCCACUGAUAUAGUCCAGAGAUUGCUGUAAUCCUGAAGCCUGAAGAGAACACGCAUGUGUGCCCAUUGAUUCUCUCCUCUUUUAAUCUCCUUGUUGGGUCUUGCAUUGAUAAUUUGAUUGAUAAUGAACAGCAUACCACUUUUUUUAAAAAAACCAUAUAAAUAUUCUAAAUAGAACUAAAACCAAGAAGCUGCUUAAAAACUUCAUUAUCAAAAUAUGCUCAGCCAUCGGAACUAGUCUAAGCUGUUUCCACAGCACACAAGAAUACUUUCUGUACACGCCGGCUUUCACAGUACAGCUCAUUUUAAUUAAUUAAAGAGUUUAGACAAACA